AUGACUAGUACUAUCAACUUUUCGGACGUUUACACUUACGACCAAAGACACCCCGACAGUCUUCCUCAGAUGAUAUUGUGGAGCAACCCUCAGUCCUUCUACCCGCAAUACUCGCUACCGAUUCCUGACUCUAUGCUCGAUUCAUAUUCCUGCGCUCCCAACUUGUAUCCACAGUCAAACUUCCAGAAUCUCCCGAUCAACCAGUAUUCGUAUCAGUCUCCGUACCAUCAUACGUGGCAGUCGCUCUUCCACUCUAGCCAGGGAGGCGCCCAAGGUGCGGCAUGGCCUCCGGCUUAUGGCGUAGAUCUCGACACAGGGCUUACCACCGACCCCACGUCUUACCAGAUGCCGGGAAUGUACGGUCAAGUAGUGGACCAAGCUCCACCUAUGAGUGCUUCGACAGACUCGUCUGGCAGCCCUCAGCAACUUCUAUUGGCUGAGGCAGGAAGCACAAGGACCGCAUCACCAGCGGCCAUAGGGACCGCCGAGGAUCCGAUCACCCACAUGUGCGACGCCUUGUGCCAAACUCAGGAACGAGGCAGCAAGAAUACACUCGUGUCGAGCCUCAAGAACAAGCCGAGCUCGAUGAAAGUCAGUUUUCGGUUCGUGAUUGAAAGUCCUGCGGGUCAGGAGGCAGAUUGGGAGACGAGUCGAGAGGCCCAGUUCGAAGAACCUGCCCAGCAGCCGUGGGAACAAGCCAGAUGCAUCGUUCACGAAGAUCCAGACGAGCCACCGGAGGAAGCCUUGACCAUCAGAGUCUUGUGCGAUAAGUAG